ACCAGUCAGGGAUCUCCGCCCCAGUCAUCUUGGGCUACAGCUCGGAGGCCGGAUGCGCCGCCAUGCCGACUCUAUCAGCGAAUGGAAUAAUUUAUUCACCAGCCUACCCGACACUGGCCGACUAGGAGUUGACUGAAGAAGUCGACAAGGCAGUUUGAGGGGCAGAGGAGCCUUUACGGUGCACACAGCAGCGCGGAAUAUCGGCGCCGUGAAUAGUUGCGGGUUGGCGCUGCUAAUCGCCGCCGUGUCGCUAUAGGAACACUUGUGAGCAGCUAGCUGAGCUAACGUUAGCUCGAGUCGGCAGAGUGCUGGGUAGUGACAGUCCGGCCGGAGGCGGGGGGAGCUGCGAGGUGAGGCUGUUAUUUUGAUGGUGACUACACUGGUGACUGCACGGGAAUAGGUGACCAUCUGGGAGGUAGUAUCACUUUCAUGAGUGCGACUCGCGGUUAUAGUGGGGUUCAGGCAGCAGCGUAUCGAGUUCUCUGGCCCGCGAUAGAGGAGCUAGGAGCUAGCUUGCUAACUAGGUAACGCUGGGACUCCCAAACUUUUCAGACCCAGGCACACUUCCAUGUCUUCAUCAGCUCUGGAAACCAAAAGAGAUGUCUGUUGAAGAGGAAUCUGCAAAAACUGGCAGCCCACGGGCCAGCUCAACUUCAUCUCUGCAGCUCUCAGAUUGUACUGCAGGUUACGGCAGUCUCUCCGUGAUGAUGGAGGGAACUGCAGCUACCCCUGACUUUGCAGCUGCUUGUCCUGUCCCGGGCACUGCAGCCUCACCAAAACACACCAGCACAACUGACGCGCUAACCCUCCCUGACAGUGCUGGACCAAGAGCCAGAGGGCACGAGAAUAGCAUCAGUCGAAGGAACAGCUUUCAUCAUUCCAAACAACAGCAACAAACAAAACUAACAAAGCGGCGCAACACGGCAAACUCUAGUUUUAAGCAUCCGACAUCUGGCAAGAGGAGACGAAGGGCCAACUCUGAGAGUGACUCCGUCCUGCCUACCAACUUUCUCUUGGGUGGCAACAUUUUUGACCCACUGAAUCUUAACAGUCUGCUGGAUGAGGACGUCAACAGAGCCCUGAAUGCAGAGACACCCAAAUCUUCCCCACUGCCAGCGAAGAGUCGAGACCCUGUGGAGAUACUCAUCCCCAGAGACAUUACAGAUCCUCUGAACCUGAACAGCGGGAUAGCAGACAGCAGCUUUUUGGUGUCCCCCUACAAGAGUGGUGGAAGGAAAAGACACCGCAACAGACACCAUGGAGGAGGAGGAGGUGGUGGUGGUGGUGGUAGUGGGAUUUCAACAACACAGAUUAGCCUCUCAGAUUCAGGAAAAAGUGAGGCAAAAACUGGCAUAUCCACAUUGCCUUCAGGCAUGUUAGCCUCAUGUUCUGCACUAGAUGUCUCCAAAGAGUCCAACAGUUUCUCCAGUGUCACAGAGGAUUCCCAUGAGCACACAGCUGACAACUCAGCCAGCUGCAAGGACGAGAUGACAUCUAUAUCGAUGGAGGAUUCCACGUCUUCCCUGUCAGGGGGACCAAACCAGCACACAAGCAGACGCAAGCGAAGGCGCAACUCAGGCAAAAUUGAGCCUCCUGUGACCCAUUCUACUCCCAUUGCAAAGUCAGCAUCUGGUGACAGGAGUUGUGGUACGGGGGCCGCAAAAAAUUCAUUUCACACACCAAGAAGUGGUCCCAAAUCAAGCAUGGGAUUUCGCCAGCACCAGCAGCCGUACAACCAGGCAAAGGCACCACAGAAGAAGUUCCAAUAUGGGAACUACAACAAGUAUUAUGGCUACCGCAACCCAGGCAGCAGUGAAGACCCACGUAUACGCGUGCUUCGUCCAGAGUGGUUUGAAGGUAAAGAUGUAUUGGAUUUGGGAUGCAACUCGGGCCACCUUACACUCUAUAUUGCCAAAAUGCUAAGACCUGCCCGCAUACUGGGCCUAGAUAUUGACAGUGGUCUUGUGCAUGCAGCUCGUAAGAACAUCAGACAUUAUCUGUCUGAGCUGCAGACCCAAGAGGCCAGGCGUGCAAUGCAGGGAAAAAAGACAACUAAACAGGAGGAGAGAAAUGGAAAUGAGAGUCACACAGGCACAGAAAAGAAGCACAAUGAAGCCGAGAGCAGGGAUGAAAAUGGAAAACCGGUGAAAGGAGAAAGUGGCCCUGCGGAAGCUGUAAAUGACAAUGACUCCUGUCACGUAGAUGAGACAGAGACCCAGAGGCAGGACAGCAAAACAGAGGAAAUGGUGAAAGAAGAUUGUGAUUCACCCCCUGCUGAUCACUCUGUGAGCUGCUCUUUUCCUGUGUCCCUACGGAUCUCCAGGGGGCCCAUCGCUGCACCACCACUAACUGAAACAUCCACCACACAGCCUGGGGUGUUCCCCUCAAAUGUGUCUUUCAUCAAGGCCAAUUAUGUUCUGGAGAACGAUAAUCUUCUUGUGACUCAGCGGGCAGAGUACGAUGUGAUCCUGUGCCUGAGCGUUACCAAAUGGGUUCACCUGAACUGGGGGGACAGUGGCCUCAAGCGGCUUUUCAAGAGAGUCUACAGACAUCUCCGUCCUGGAGGCAUGUUCAUCUUGGAGCCGCAGCCCUGGGAGUCCUACGUGAGGAGAAAGAAGCUGACUGAUAAUAUUAGCAGGAAUUAUCACAGCAUCUGCCUCAAACCUGACCAGUUCUCAUCAUAUCUUACCACUGAGGUGGGCUUCACCAGUUUUGAGUCCCUCGGGGCACCCAAGUGUUCAGUAAGAGGUUUUCAAAGGCCAAUCUAUGUAUUUCACAAAUGACCGCCCCUGCCUUGAACAUCAUUGAAUGUGAGUAGCCUAAGCCACCACCAUACAUUCAAGCCAGCCAGCUGCACUGGAUGCAAGGAAUCAACCGAAUCCUUAACAGUUACUCCAGCUUUUGAUGCUGAAGAGGAAAAUGAGAAAGGAAAAUGGGACCAAAAGUGGAAUUAAUUUUGUAAAGAUGAGCUCUGUUGAGAAGAGGUACCUAUCAGAAUCCUCUGUGACUGCAAAUUCUUAACAAGGUAUGGAGUGAACUCAGAUACAGCUCCGCAAUGUUUAACCUGGAGCCAGAAAUCCUACUUUGGCCAGACCGUGGGAGAGGUACUCAUCUCAUCCUUUCCUUGGACUAUCCUAGUGCUAAUGAUGCCAGUUUGAUGCACGGCCAUAACUUGUGUUUGCAGAUCUUUGGCCAUAUAUCUUUACUUUCAUGACGUUGUUCUGUGCCACCACAUCACCACACGUUAUACAUGUUAGGGUUGGGCAAUAGGGCAGACUUUAUCCAACUGGUUACCAUUACUAGUUUAACAGGAAACAGACGUUCUAAGCAUCAACUGUGUGUUGCAUCUGCAAAGCUACAUUAUACCACUGGAUUACAAAGCCAUGAAACCAAUAUUAUAUUAUCAAGAAACCUUUUUAAAAGCCACACUGAAGUACAGGUAAUGUUUUAUGCUGUGCAGGACACUGUGCAGGCUUUUGGUUAAUUAAGCCCCAUACUGGCAGUGUCACUGCAAGUCCUGAUCGCAUAGAAAUGCACCUUAAUGCUUAAAUAUCUGCAUAAUGCUUGAAGCCUUUAAUGCUGUUGCAGCAGGCAUAUAAAUACACACAUUUUGUUCAAUUUGAAACAGCUGAACAAAGCCAAUCAGUCAUGGAGUCAGUGUAACACUAGUAGCUGAUGUAUUUGUCCCAUUUUCCAACCCUAAUGUGUAUCUUAUUUUUGUUUAUUAUUUUGCAAAAUAUUCCUAUGAGCUGAAUUAACUUCAAUCUUUUACAGAGCUGUCAAAAUGUGUAACAAAUCAUUUCGAAAUGGCCAUUAUGAGAUGCUCCUAAAUUGCACAGAGACCUUAAGAAGUGACAACUAGCUUUGUCUAAGUGUGAAAGACGGUGAUGUACAGUGAAAAAAUCGCUCUGAACAGCCACGACAAACAUUGACUUAAAUAGUGAAUGCUUAGUUCACAUGCAAAAUGUUUUUGAAGGUGUUUGUUGGGUUUUAGUCAGUCUGCAUCUUAAAGUCUGUCCUAAUGAAGGACAGUGCAGUAGUCAAACAACAGAUUUGUUACACUUGUUGUCAUUACAGCACAGAGACAGUAUUUAGUGCUUACAUGGUACAUCAAACCCAAAAAUCCCAACAUAUCUACAUUUUUAGAUAAAGAGUCGGGGCUAUUCAGAGCAUGAAGUCUCUACAAAGUCACAUUUGGACCAAUUAGGAAGCAACAAGUCACUUCAAAGGUUCUUAAAGAUUUUUUUCACGCUCCAUCUUAAUGUUUGGGGGCACAUUUAAGCUGCAGCGACGUCCACUCAGCUUAGCUCCAGAUAAUUCAGUGCAGAGACCACAAGGACUAUUUUGCAAAGUAGAUCUGUAGCAUGCAGUGAUCUGUUUUUUUCCAGUUAAGCCAUAGCCCUACCUUAUGUGUUGUUUCUAAUGUCCUUCAUGAGAUGCCGACUGGGAAUAUAACGGAGUGUCAAAUCUGAGGCAGAGACCUAUUGUUAGAGUUCAUGCGCCGUCUUCAGAGUUGUAUAAAUCGAACACCUGCACUACUGGUCUGGACAGGCUCGGAUUCAAACAGCAUCACUUGCAGUGUUUUUCAAGUUACUCUUUAAAAGCUAAUGAAAAAUUUACAUUUGUAGAAGAUUGAUGAUUUUUUUAAAACCAAAUUUCAAUAUGAAAAUGCUGUUUGUAUUGAAGCGCAGCCAGAAUAUUUCAUGGGUCUCUGUUUGACAAAUUAUGCCAUCACUGUCUCAGUCUUUGACCCAUUGAGGACAGUUAUGAGUUACAGGUAGUCAGUCUGUGAUUAUAUCUUGACUGUUUUGCACUGAGUACCACUCAUCUGCAUUUCAUUCUAAGUGGCUUAGACAAAAAAAGUCUUUUUUUUGACUGGUUCAAUUUUAGCAUUUGGCAUACAAGGGCAAGAGAAGAUGGAUGAUAUAUGUUCUAUUUUAGUAAGUGAUCAAUGUAAAUAAGUUUGCAAAUUUUGUUUUAUGGUUGACAAUUUUAAGUUCGUCACUGCUUUUGUCAUUUUCCAGUGGGGUUUUAUUUGUCUUGUUUUCAAAUGUUUGCUGCCAAUUUACCAGUUAGUCACAGGUCUUUUUGUCCUGAAACAGAUCUGUAAUCCAGCUUUGUGAUGACACAUGAAUAUGUACUUUGCAAAGUUCUGAUGUUUUUGCUUUGUUCUGUCCUGGCAGGCACAUGGAUUGUUAGUUUAGUGCUUUAUUUUUCUUUUUUUAUAAAUCAUUUGAAAGGAGUGUUGGUGUCGAUGCACUCUCAUUUCACUUCAUUUGACAUGAUGUAGACUUUUUAAAAUGAUUUAGAACAGGAACAAUUUAGUUUUUUCCAUCAAUUUUUUUCUAACAACUUGUAAAACAGUGAUUAAGCUAUAAAAUGAAGCUACAGGUUAUAUUUUGAAUUUAAAGUGAAUUGGCCUCGAGCUCAGACACAGGGCACCAAAUCGUACCUUUCACCUAAGCUAAGACAAUCGGAUUCUCAGGCUUAGAUCAGCCCACUGCUGUAAUUUUAAGGGCAUUUUGUUUUUUGCAUUGUUAACAAAUGUUUUCUUUCAUAUGAUCGACGUUUUAUUUGAGAAACCAGUUUAACGCUAAUUUGUGCUUUGCCGCCAAUGUUAGAGAUUGCACCUUACUGUGUCAGCAGCGGUAUCUUGCAGAUUUUAACCCAUUCUGCCUGACUUGUAAGUCCAGGUGUCCAAGCUAAAGCAUGUCUUUGCUGGAGAUGUGAAAUUACAUGUUGUAAUAUACAGUGCUGUGUAAACUUUCUGUGCUCCCCUUGAGGUUUUGCACAAGUUGUGUGUAGUCGGUGUGACACGAACUGAAAUCACAUGAAAAAAAAUGGGUAAAAAAGAACUACCACCCUUGAUUUUGGCAGGGUGUAAUGUUUCAAAAUGCUCAGAUGUCAUAUUCAGGUUGGAGUUGUGUGCGGUACAAUUUCAUGAAAUUCUUACCUUGUGCUGACAAAAAUUGGUAAAAAUAUUGGCUGCGUUAAAAAAUGAAGAAAACCUUAAUGUAGUUUUGAAUGUAAAAAGCUACAGGAUCCAGAUUUUCAUGUUGCAAAAAAUAUUUAAAAAGUAAAUGCAAAAAUUUGACCCACAGUAUAAGAACAUUCUAUUGCAUUUAUUCAUGAUUUUUUGUUAAAAAUAAAUAAUUAUUCAUGUAUUGUUUUGUAUUUACAACUUGAAGAUGAGGGCUCUUUUGUCUUCAAGUAGUAAAUUUCAGGUCAUACACAUGAUCUUCUAAGUUUUUUUUUUGCUAGAAUGAAGAGAUGUUCUGAGGUUUAUUUAACAAAUUUAUGCAGAUAGUUUAAUUCUGCCUUGUGCAACACACCUGUAGAAGUCACAGGACUCCUACUAUACCUAAAGGUUUUGUAUUUGCAGUGCAAUUUUCAGAGGUAAUACAGAUAAUAUUUCCAUCCUCUGGCUACAACCUGAUGAGAGGAUUUGAGCAGAGAUUAAGCAUUUGUCAGAAAUGCAAUAAAGCUUCAACAGAACAACAGCUAUAGUUAAUAUUGCAUUCCAUAUUUUACAUAGAACUGCGUAUAGUUAAACUGUAUUAUCACAGAAAAAAAAAUGUCCUAAAAAAUGCAAAUAUCUGGAGCACAACAAGUGCAUAAACCCAGGGGGUGCGUGAUUGUUAGCAGCACUAAAAUUCACCUCUUCGUGUUGAAUUUGCACUGAUAUGAAACAUGGGGAUUAAACUAGUUUAGUACAUUUUUGCAGCUGAAGUUGAUGUUUUUCAUGUACCUUAACUUUCCUAGAGUCAGGUUUCUGGAAAAACUGUUUAAUAACCCCGCCCAGCUCACUCGUCAGGGAAGCUUUUAAUUUUCAUGCCUCUGAACAACAAGAUUAUCUGAAUGUUUCUCUGUGUUGAUCAUUUUCAUUGAUUAAAACUGGUUCCAGA